CCGCGCGAGGGAGCGCACAGCCAGAGCACGAGCUGGUGCCCACCUCAUCGCAGCCAUGGUGGCCGGAAUGCUCAUGCCGCUGGAGCAGCUGCGGGCCAUCUACGAGGUGCUCUUCAGGGAGGGCGUGAUGGUGGCCAAGAAGGACCUGAGGCCCCGCAGCCCGCACCCCGACGUGCCCGGUGUCACCAACCUUCAGGUCCUGCGGGCCAUGGGCUCGCUGCGUGCGCGGGGCCUGGUCCGUGAGACCUUUGCCUGGCGCCACCUGUACUGGUACCUCACCAACGAGGGCAUGGUCCACCUGCGCCAGUACCUGCACCUGCCGCCGGAGAUCGUGCCUGCCUCACAGCAGCGCGUGCGCCGCCCCGUCACCAUGGUGAUGCCCAAGCGCCAUGGUCCUCACGUGCAGUCUGUACAGGGGCCCCUGAGCUGCCUGCCCAAGAGGGGCCCCGCCGAGGAGCCAGGCCGCGAGGAGCAGCGAGGAUAUCGCCGAAAGGAGGCUGAGGAGGGUGGCCCCAAGACCCCCGUGGUGCCCACCGUCAGCCGGGGAAUGCUGGCAAGCCCUGGCCCAGAGCCCACCCCAGCCACAGAUGAGCGGGACCGUGUGCAGAAAAAAACUUUCACCAAGUGGGUCAACAAGCAUCUUAUCAAGGCCCAGAGGCACAUCAGGGACCUGUACGAAGACCUACGUGAUGGCCACAACCUCAUAUCCCUGCUGGAGGUGCUCUCGGGGGACAGCCUGCCUCGGGAGAAGGGGAGGAUGCGUUUCCACAAGCUGCAGAACGUGCAGAUUGCCCUGGACUACCUCCGGCACCGCCAGGUGAAGCUGGUGAACAUCCGCAACGAUGACAUUGCAGAUGGAAACCCCAAGCUGACUCUUGGCCUGAUAUGGACCAUCAUCCUGCACUUCCAGAUCUCGGACAUCCAGGUGAGCGGGCAGUCGGAGGACAUGACGGCCAAGGAGAAGCUGCUGCUGUGGUCCCAGCGCAUGGUGGAGGGCUACCAGGGCCUGCGCUGUGACAACUUCACCACCAGCUGGCGUGACGGCCGCCUCUUCAACGCCAUCAUCCACCGACACAGGCCCAUGCUGGUGGACAUGAACAAGGUGUACCAUCAGUCCAACCUGGAGAACCUAGACCAGGCCUUUUCCGUGGCCGAGCGGGACCUGGGGGUGACACGGCUCCUGGACCCGGAAGACGUGGACGUCUCACAGCCUGACGAGAAGUCCAUCAUCACCUAUGUCUCGUCCCUCUAUGACGCCAUGCCCCGGGUGCCCGAUGCACAGGAUGGGGUGAAGGCCAACGAGCUACAGCUGCGCUGGCAGGAGUACCGCGAGCUGGUGGUGCUGCUGUUACAGUGGAUCCGGCACCACACAGCGGCCUUUGAGGAACGCACCUGCCCCUCCAGCUUUGAGGAGAUCGAGAUCCUGUGGUGUCAGUUCCUGAAGUUCAAGGAGACGGAGCUUCCAGCCAAGGAGGCGGACAAGAACCGGUCCAAGGGCAUCUACCAGUCCCUGGAGGGGGCUGUGCAAGCCGGCCAGCUCAAGGUGCCCCCCGGCUACCACCCGCUGGACGUGGAGAAGGAGUGGGGCAAGCUGCACGUGGCCAUCCUCGAGCGCGAGAAGCAGCUUCGAAGCGAGUUUGAGAGGCUGGAGCGUCUGCAGCGUGUGGUGAGCAAGCUGCAGAUGGAGGCGGGGAUGUGUGAGGAGCAGCUGAACCAGGCCGACGCCCUUCUGCAGUCGGACAUCCGGCUGCUGGUGGCAGGCAAGACACCACAGCGGGCAGCCGAGGUGGAGAGGGACCUGGACAAGGCAGACGGCAUGAUCCGCUUGCUGUUCAACGAUGUGCAGGCCCUGAAAGAUGGGCGGCACCCACAGGGCGAGCAGAUGUACCGCAGGGUAUACCGGCUGCACGAGCGCCUGGUGGCCAUCCGCACUGAGUACAACCUCCGACUGAAGGCAGGCGUAGCGGCCCAGGUCACCCCAGUGACCCAGGUGCCGUUGCAGAGGCGCCCUGAGCUUGAGGACUCAGCUCUACGCUAUCUGCAGGACCUGCUAGCCUGGGUGGAGGAGAACCAGCACCGGGUGGACGUGGCCGAGUGGGGCGGGGACCUGCCCAGCGUGGAAGCCCAGCUGGGCAGCCACCGCGGCCUGCACCAGUCCAUCGAGGACUUCCGCGCCAAGGUGGAGCGUGCUCGAGCCGAUGAGGGCCAGAUCUCACCGGCCACUCGGGGUGCCUACCGAGAAAGCCUGGGCCGGCUAGACCUGCAGUACGCCAAGCUGCUGAACUCCUCCAAGGCCCGCCUCCGCUCCCUGGAGAGCCUGCACGGCUUUGUGGCUGCCGCCACCAAGGAGCUGGUGUGGCUGAACGAGAAGGAGGAGGAGGAAGUGGGCUUCGACUGGAGUGAGCGCAACAGCAACAUGACGGCCAAGAAGGAGAGCUACUCGGCCCUGAUGCGUGAGCUGGAGCUAAAAGAAAGGAAGAUCAAGGAGAUCCAGAACACGGGGGACCGGCUGCUGCGGGAAGACCAUCCUGCUCGGCCCACAGUAGAGUCCUUCCAAGCGGCCUUGCAGACGCAGUGGAGCUGGGUCCUGCAGCUGUGCUGCUGCAUCGAGGCACACCUGAAGGAGAACAGCGCCUACUUCCAGUUCUUCUCCGACGUGCGGGAGGCUGAGGAGCAGCUGCAGAAGCUGCAGGAGACGAUGCGCAGGAAGUACACCUGCGACCGUGCCAUCACUGUCACACGCCUUGAGGACCUGCUGCAGGACGCCCAGGAUGAGAAGGAGCAGCUCAACGAGUACCGGGGCCACCUCUCAGGACUGGCCAAGAGGGCCAAGGCCAUUGUGCAGCUGAAGCCCCGCAACCCAGCCUACCCAGUGCAGGGCCGCGUCCCGCUGCAGGCUGUGUGUGACUACAAGCAGGUGGAGGUGACAGUACACAAGGGGGAUGAGUGCCAGCUGCUGGGUGCUGCGCAGCCGUUCCACUGGCAGGUGUUGGGCAGCUCGGGUGGCGAGGCCGCAGUGCCCUCCGUGUGCUUCCUCGUGCCCCCGCCCAACCAGGAGGCACUGGAGGCCGUCAGCAGGCUGGAGACCCAGCACCAGGCUCUGGUCACGCUGUGGCACCAGCUCCACGUGGACAUGAAGAGCCUUCUGGCGUGGCAGAGCCUCAGCCGUGACGUGCAGCUCAUCCGGUCCUGGUCAUUAGUCACAUUCCGCACCUUCAAGCCUGAGGAACAGCGCCAGGCCCUGCGCAGCCUCGAACUGCACUAUCAGGCCUUCCUGCGGGACAGCCAGGAUGCGGGGGGCUUUGGGCCUGAAGACCGACUGCAAGCUGAGCGUGAUUAUGGCUCCUGCAGCCGCCACUACCAACAGCUGCUGCAGAGCGUAGAGCAAGGCGAACAAGAGGAAUCCCACUGUCAGCGCUGCAUCUCAGAGCUCAAGGAUAUCCGGCUGCAGCUGGAGGCCUGUGAGGGCCGCACUGUGCACCGCCUGCGGCUGCCCCUGGACAAAGAGCCCGCGCGCGAGUGUGCCCAGCGCAUUGCCGAGCAGCAGAAAACGCAAGCGGAAGUGGAAGGGCUGGGCAAGGGGGUGGCCCGGCUCUCGGCUGAGGCGGAGAAGAUCCUGGGCCUGCCCGAGCCAUCGCCCGCGGCCCCGACGCUGCGCUCAGAGCUGGAGCUGACCCUGGGCAAGCUGGAGCAGGUCCGCAGCCUGUCUGCCAUCUACCUGGAAAAGCUCAAGACCAUCAGCCUGGUGAUCCGCAGCACGCAGGGGGCUGAGGAGGUGCUCCAGGCACAUGAGGAGCAGCUGAAGGAGGUGCAGGCUGUGCCCGCCUCCCUGGCAGAGCUGGAGGCCACCAAGGCCACUCUGAAGAAGCUCCGGGCCCAGGCAGAGGGGCAGCAGCACAUGUUUGACACCUUGCGGGAUGAGCUGCGGGGGGCACAGGAGGUGGGCGAGCGCCUGCAGCAGCGACAUGGAGAGCGGGACGUGGAGGUGGAGCGCUGGAGGGACAAGGUCACACAGCUGCUGGAGCGCUGGCAGGCAGUGCUGGCGCAGGCCGACCUGCGGCAGCGGGAGCUGGAGCAGCUGGGCCGCCAGCUGCGGUACUACCGGGAGAGCGCCGAUCCGCUGGGGGCCUGGCUGCAGGAGGCCAAGCAGCGGCAGGAUCGCAUCCAGGCCAUGCCGCUGGCCAACUGCCAGGCCGUACGGGAGCAGCUGCGGCAGGAGAAGGCACUGCUCGAGGAGAUCGAGCGCCACGCAGAGAAGGUGGAAGAAUGCCAAAAGUUCGCCAAGCAGUAUAUAAACGCCAUCAAGGACUAUGAGCUGCAGCUGGUCACGUACAAGGCCCAGCUUGAGCCAGUGGCCUCUCCGGCCAAGAAGCCCAAGGUGCAGUCUGGGUCCGAGAGUGUCAUCCAGGAGUAUGUGGAUCUGCGCAUGCGCUACAGCGAGCUGACCACGCUCACUGGCCAGUACAUCAAGUUCAUCAGCGAGACGCUGCGGCGCAUGGAGGAGGAAGAGAGGCUGGCUGAGCAGCAGCGGGCAGAGGAGCGGGAGCGGCUGGCCGAGGUGGAGGCUGCAUUGGAGAAGCAGCGGCAGUUGGCUGAGGCACAUGCGCAGGCAAAGGCACAGGCUGAGAGGGAGGCGCAGGAGCUGCAGCGGCGCAUGCAGGAAGAGGUGGCUCGGCGAGAGGAGGUGGCCAUGGAUGCCCAGCAGCAGAAGCGCAGCGUCCAGGAGGAGCUGCAGCACCUGCGACAGAGCUCUGAGGCAGAGAUCCAGGCCAAGGCCCGGCAGGCCGAGGAGGCGGAGCGCAGCCGGCUGCGCAUCGAGGAGGAGAUUCGUGUGGUGCGCCUGCAGCUGGAGGCCACGGAGCGCCAGCGCGGCGGGGCGGAGGGGGAGCUGCAGGCGCUGCGGGUGCGGGCGGAGGAGGCCGAGACUCAGAAGCGGCAGGCGCAGGAGGAGGCUGAGCGCUUGCGGCGGCAGGUGCAAGACGAGAAUCAGCGCAAGCGGCAGGCGGAGGCCGAGCUGGCUCUGCGGGUGAAAGCCGAGGCGGAGGCAGCCCGAGAGAAGCAGCGAGCCCUGCAAGCACUGGAGGAGGUGCGGCUGCAGGCGGAGGAGGCGGAGCGGCGCAUGCGCCAGGCCGAGGCCGAGCGUGCGCGCCAGGCGCAGGUGGCCCUGGAGACGGCGCAGCGCAAUGCGGAAAUGGAGCUGCAGACCAAACGCGCUUCCUUUGCCGAGAAGACUGCGCAGCUGGAGCGAACGCUGCAGGAGGAACACUUGGCUGUGGCGCAGUUGCGCGAGGAAGCUGAGCGGUGCGCGCAGCAGCAGGAGCAGGCCGACCGCGCUCGGGAGGAGGCGGAGCGGGAGUUGGAGUGCUGGCAGCUGAAAGCCAACGAGGCACUGCGGCUGCGGCUGCAGGCCGAGGAGGUGGCGCAGCAGAAGACCUUGGCGCAGGCCGAGGCCGAGAAGCAGAAGGAGGAGGCGGAGCGCGAGGCCAGGCGGCGCGGCAAGGCUGAGGAACAGGCCGUGCGGCUGCGCGAGCUGGCCGAGCAGGAGCUGGAGAAGCAGCGGCAGCUGGCUGAGGGCACCGCACAGCAGCGGCUGGCGGCCGAGCAGGAGCUGAUCCGCCUGCGCGCCGAGACUGAGCAGGGGGAGCAGCAGCGGCAGCUGCUGGAGGAGGAGCUGGCCAGGCUGCAGCGUGAGGCAGCGUCAGCCACACAGAAGCGCCAGGAGCUUGAGGCCGAGCUGGCCAAGGUGCGGGCGGAGAUGGACGUGCUUCUGGCCAGCAAGGCGCGGGCCGAGGAGGAGUCGCGCUCCACCAGCGAGAAGUCCAAGCAGCGGCUAGAGGCGGAGGCCGGGCGCUUCCGCGAGCUGGCCGAGGAGGCGGCGCGCCUGCGGGCCCUGGCUGAGGAGGCCAAGCGGCAGCGGCAGCUAGCGGAGGAGGACGCGGCCCGGCAGCGCUCGGAGGCUGAGCGGGUGCUGGCCGAGAAGCUGGCCGCCAUCAGCGAGGCCACGCGGCUGAAGACGGAGGCGGAGAUAGCGCUCAAGGAGAAGGAGGCGGAGAACGAGCGGCUGCGGCGGCUGGCCGAGGACGAGGCCUUCCAGCGGCGGCUGCUGGAGGAGCAGGCGGCCCACCACAAGGCGGACAUUGAGGAGCGCCUGGCGCUGCUGCGCAAGGCUUCGGACAUGGAGCUGGAGCGGCAAAAGGGGCUGGUGGAGGACACGGUGCGGCAGCGGCGCCAGGUGGAGGAGGAGAUCCUGGCGCUCAAGGCGAGCUUUGAGAAGGCUGCGGCCGGCAAGGCGGAGCUGGAGCUGGAGCUGUGCCGCAUCCGCAGCAGCGCUGAGGACACGCAGCGCAGCAAGGAGCAGGCGGAACAGGAGGCGGCGCGGCAGCGCCAGCUGGCCACGGAGGAGGAGCAGCGGCGCCGUGAGGCUGAGGAGCGUGUGCAGAGGAGUCUGGCGGCGGAGGAGGAGGCGGCACGGCAACGCAAGGCUGCCCUGGAGGAGGUGGAGCGUCUCAAAGCCAAGGUGGAGGAGGCCCGGCGCCUCCGUGAGCGCGCAGAGCAGGAGUCGGCGCGGCAGCUGCAGCUGGCCCAGGAGGCGGCGCAGAAGCGGCUGCAGGCAGAGGAGAAGGCACAUGCCUUCUCCGUGCAGCAGAAGGAGCAGGAGCUGCAGCAGACGCUGCAGCAGGAGCAGAGCAUGCUGGAGCGCCUGCGCAGCGAGGCGGAGGCUGCGCGGCGGGCGGCUGAGGAGGCGGAGGAGGCCCGGGAGCGGGCAGAGCGGGAGGCCGCCCAGUCGCGGCACCAGGUGGAGGAGGCCGAGCGGCUGAAGCAGUCAGCAGAAGAGCAGGCCCAGGCGCGGGCGCAGGCACAGGUGGCCGCCGAGAAGUUGCGUAAGGAAGCUGAGCAGGAGGCGGCCCGGCGUGCCCAGGCCGAGCAGGCGGCCUUGCGGCAGAAACAAGCAGCGGAUGCCGAGAUGGAGAAGCACAAGAAGUUCGCAGAGCAGACACUGCGGCAGAAGGCACAGGUGGAGCAGGAGCUCACGGCCCUGCGGCUAAAGCUGGAGGAGACUGACCACCAGAAGGGCAUUCUGGACGAGGAGCUGCAGCGACUCAAGGAAGAGGUGACGGAGGCCACGCGCCAGCGCAGUCAGGUGGAGGAGGAGCUAUUCUCCGUGCGCGUGCAGAUGGAGGAGCUGGGCAAGCUCAAGACGCGAAUUGAGGCUGAGAACCGGGCUCUCAUCCUGCGCGACAAGGACAACACUCAGCGCUUCCUGCAGGAGGAGGCUGAGAAGAUGAAGCAGGUGGCGGAGGAGGCGGCCCGGCUCAGUGUGGCUGCCCAGGAGGCCGCCCGACUCCGGCAGCUGGCCGAAGAGGAUUUGGCACAGCAGCGGUCACUGGCAGAGAAGAUGCUCAAGGAGAAGAUGCAGGCGGUGCAAGAGGCCACGCGGCUCAAGGCCGAGGCAGAGCUGCUGCAGCAGCAGAAGGAGCUGGCCCAGGAGCAGGCCCGGCGGCUGCAGGAGGACAAGGAGCAGAUGGCCCAGCAACUGGAGCAGGAGACGCAAGGCUUCCAGCGCACCCUGGAGGCUGAGCGGCAGCGGCAGCUGGAGAUGAGUGCCGAGGCCGAGCGUCUCAAGCUUCGGGUGGCUGAGAUGAGCCGGGCGCAGGCCCGUGCUGAAGAGGAUGCCCAGCGCUUCCGGAAGCAGGCCGAGGAGAUAGGAGAGAAACUGCACCGCACGGAACUGGCCACGCAGGAGAAGGUGACGCUGGUACAGACACUGGAGAUUCAGCGGCAGCAGAGUGACCACGAUGCUGAGCGCCUGCGGGAGGCCAUCGCCACCCUGGAGCGGGAGAAGGCGAAGCUCAAGGAGGAGGCUCACCUGUUGCAGCUCAAAUCCCAGGAGAGGCAGGCAGUGCAGCAGGAGCAGCUGUUGCAGGAGACGCAGGCCCUGCAGCAGAGCUUCCUGACGGAGAAGGACAGCCUGCUGCAGCGCGAGCACUUCAUUGAGCAGGAGAAGGCCAAGUUGGAGCAGCUGUUCCAGGACGAAGUGGCCAAGGCGCAGAAGCUGCGCGAGGAGCAGCAGCGGCAGCAACAGCAGAUGGAACAGGAGAAGCAGCAGCUGGUGGCCAGCAUGGAGGAGGCCCGGCGCCGGCAGCGUGAGGCUGAGGAAGGCGUGCGACACAAACAGGAGGAGCUGCAGCGACUAGAGCAGCAACGGCUGCAGCAGGAGCAGAUGCUGGCUGAGGAGAAUCAGCGGCUGCGGGAGCGGCUGCAGCGCCUAGAAGAGGAGCACAGGGCUGCACUGGCUCACUCUCAGGAGGUUGCCACCAAAGUCAGCACUAUCAAGGCCCUGCCCAAUGGCCGAGAUGUCCCCGAUACUGCCGCCGUGGAGUCGGAGCCCAAGCUGGCUUUUGACGGCCUCCGGCGCAAGGUGCCGGCCAAGAGGCUGCGGGAGGUGGGCGUCCUGAGUGCCGAGGACCUGCAGCGGCUAGAGCAGGGCCGCACCACAGUGGCUGAGCUCGCGCAGAGGGAGGAUGUGUGCCGCUACCUGCAGGGCCACAGUAGCCUGGCUGGGCUCCUGCUGCAGCCCACCAAUGAGAAGCUGAGUAUCUAUGCAGCCCUGCAGCGGCAGCUGCUGAGCCCUGGCACGGCUCUCAUCCUGCUGGAGGCCCAGGCAGCCUCUGGCUUUCUGCUCGACCCCGUGCGCAACCGGCGGCUGACUGUCAGUGAGGCUGUAAAGGAGGGCCUGGUGGGCCCGGAGCUGCACCAUAAGCUGCUGUCGGCCGAGCGUGCUGUCACCGGCUACACCGACCCUUACACCGGCGAGCAGAUCUCCCUCUUCCAGGCCAUGAAGAAGGAGCUGAUCGUGCACGACCACGGCAUCCGCCUGCUGGAGGCCCAGAUCGCCACGGGCGGCAUCGUGGACCCCAUGCACAGCCACCGCGUGCCCGUGGACGUGGCCUACCAGCGCGGCUACUUCGACGAGGAGAUGAGCCGCGUGCUGGCAGACCCGGGCGACGACACCAAGGGCUUCUUCGACCCCAACACCCACGAGAACCUCACGUACCUGCAGCUGUUGGAGCGCUGUGUGGAAGAUCCCGAGACGGGGCUGCGCCUCCUGCCACUCACAGAUCAGGCUGGCAAGGGCGGUGAGCUGGUCUACACUGACUCUGAGGCCAGGGAUGUGUUUAAAAAGGCCACGGUGUCGGCUCCAUUUGGCAAGUUCCAGGGCAGAACUGUGACUAUCUGGGAGCUCAUCAACUCUGAGUACUUCACGGCGGAGCAGCGGCGCGACCUGCUGCGGCAGUUCCGCUCGGGCAAGGUCACUGUGGAGAAGAUCAUCAAGAUCGUCAUUACGGUGGUAGAAGAACAGGAGCAGAAGGGGCAGCUCUGCUUCCAGGGCCUGCGUGCCCUGGUGCCCGCUGCUGAGCUGCUCGAGAGCGGCGUCAUUGACCACGGCCUCUACCACCAGCUACAGCAGGGGGAACGCUCAGUGCAGGAGGUCACUGAGAUGGAGGCCGUGCGGCGGGCUCUGCGGGGCACCAGUGUUAUCGCUGGCGUGUGGUUGGAGGAGACGGGCCAGAGGUUGAGUAUUUAUGAGGCCCUGAAGAGGGACUUACUGCAGCCCGAAGUAGCUGUGGGCCUGCUGGAGGCGCAGGCUGGCACGGGUCACAUCCUUGACCCUGCCACCAGUGCCCGGCUGACUGUGGACGAGGCAGUGCGUGCUGGCCUGGUGGGCCCUGAACUGCAUGAGAAGCUGCUGUCAGCUGAGAAGGCCGUGACGGGCUACCGAGACCCCUACUCAGGCCAGAGCGUCUCCCUGUUCCAGGCCCUGAAGAAGGGCCUCAUCCCCAAGGAGCAGGGCCUACGUCUGCUAGAUGCCCAGAUGGCCACAGGCGGCAUUGUGGACCCCAGCAAGAGCCACCGUGUGCCCCUGGAAGUGGCCUAUGCCCGGGGCUACCUGGAUCAAGACACCUGCAGAGCCCUGUCCACAGCCCAGGAUGACGCCAGGACCUACUACGAUCCCCAGGCCCAGGAGCCGGUCACCUACAGUCAACUCCAGCAGCGCUGCCAGCCUGACCAGCUCACCGGGCUGAGCCUGCUGCCUAUCUCCGAGAAGGUAGCCCGGGCCCGGCAGGAGGAGGUUUACUCGGAGCUCCAGGCCCGGGAGGCCUUCCAGAAGGCCACUGUGGAUGUGCCUGUGGGCCCCUUCCAGGGCAGGACAGUCACGGUGUGGGAGCUCAUCAGCUCCGAGUACUUCACUGAGGAGCAGCGGCAAGAACUGCUGCGGCAGUUCCGUUCAGGCAAGGUCACCGUGGAGAAGAUCAUCAAGAUCCUCAUCACCAUCGUGGAGGAGGUGGAGACUGUGCGCCAGGAGCGCCUGUCCUUCAGCGGCCUGCGUGCCCCGGUGCCCGCCAGCGAGCUCCUAGCUGCCGGCAUCCUCAGCAGGACCCAGUUUGAGCAGCUCAAGAACGGCAAGACAUCUGUGAAGGAGCUGUCGGAGGUGGAUUCGGUGCGGCUGCUCCUCCAGGGCCGUGGCUGCCUGGCUGGCAUCUACCUGGAGGACACCAAGGAGAAAGUGACGGUCUACGAGGCCAUGCGGCGUGGCCUGCUGCGACCCAGCACAGCUACCCUGCUGCUUGAGGCCCAGGCAGCCACCGGCUUCUUGGUGGACCCUGUGCGGAACCAGCGUCUCUACGUCCAUGAGGCCGUGAAGGCAGGCGUGGUGGGCCCCGAACUGCACGAGAAACUGCUGUCAGCAGAGAAGGCCGUCACCGGCUACAAGGACCCCUACUCAGGCAAUACCAUCUCUCUCUUCCAGGCCAUGAAGAAGGGCCUGGUCCUUAGGGAGCAUGGCAUCCGCCUGCUGGAGGCCCAGAUCGCCACAGGGGGCAUCAUUGACCCCGUGCACAGCCACCGUGUGCCCGUAGAUGUGGCCUACCAGCGUGGCUAUUUCGACGAGGAGAUGAGCCGCGUACUGGCGGACACAAGUGAUGAUACCAAAGGCUUCUUUGACCCCAACACCCACGAGAACCUCACGUACCUGCAACUGCUGGAGCGCUGUGUAGAAGACCCCGAGACGGGGCUGCGUCUCCUGCCGCUGAAGGGAGCAGAGCAGGCUGAGGUGUUAGAGACCACACAGGUGUACUCGGAGGAGGAGACCCGGCGGGCAUUCGAGGAGACACAGAUCGACAUCCCUGGGGCUGCCGGCAGCCAGGGCAGUUCCACCAUGUCCCUGUGGGAGGUGAUGCAGUCCGACCUCAUUCCCAAGGAGCAGCGGGCUCAGCUGAUGGCCGACUUCCAGGCAGGGCGGGUGACCAAGGAGCGCAUGAUCAUCAUUAUCAUUGAGAUCAUCGAGAAGACAGAGAUUAUCCGCCAACAGAACCUGGCAUCCUACGACUACGUGCGCCGCCGCCUCACGGCUGAGGACCUGUAUGAAGCCCGGAUCAUCUCCCGCGAGACCUAUGACUUACUCCGGGCGGGCACCAAGAGCCUCCGGGAGGUGCUGGAGGCAGAGUCUGCCUGGCGCUUCCUUUAUGGUACAGGCUGUGUGGCUGGCAUCUACCUGCCUGGCUCCAAACAGACUCUGACCGUCUACCAGGCACUUAAGAAGGGACUGCUGAGCACUGAGGUAGCCCGACAGCUGCUGGAGGCACAGGCAGCCACUGGCUUCCUGCUGGACCCGACGAAGGGUGAGCGUCUGACUGUGGACGAGGCUGUGCGGAAGGGUCUGGUGGGCCCUGAACUGCAUGACCGACUACUGUCAGCUGAGCGGGCGGUGACGGGCUAUCGAGAUCCCUACACAGAGCAGACCAUCUCGCUCUUCCAGGCCAUGAGGAAGCAGCUUGUUCCAGCCGAGGAGGCCCUGAGGCUGCUGGAUGCCCAGCUUGCUACAGGUGGCAUUGUGGACCCCCGCCUGGGUUUCCACCUGCCUCUGGAAGUGGCCUACCAACGGGGGUACCUCAACAAGGACACGUAUGACCAGUUGUCAGAGCCCAGCGAGGUGCGCAGCUACGUGGACCCAUCCACAGACGAGCGUCUCAGCUACACGCAGUUGAUCAAGAGGUGCCGGCAAGAUGAAGGCAGUGGGCAGCUGCUCCUGCCGCUCUCGGACACCCGCAAGCUGACCUUCCGCGGUCUGCGCAAACAGAUCACAGUGGAGGAGCUGGUGCGGUCGCAGGUCCUUGAUGAGGCCACGGCGCUGCAGCUGCAGGAGGGCCUCACCUCCAUCGAGGAGGUCACCAAGAACCUGCAGAAGUUCCUGGAGGGCACAAGUUGCAUUGCUGGCGUCUUCGUGGAUGCCACCAAGGAGCGGCUGUCAGUGUACCAGGCCAUGAAGAAGGGCAUCAUCCGCCCAGGCACAGCCUUUGAGCUCCUGGAGGCACAGGCAGCUACUGGCUAUGUCAUCGACCCCAUCAAGGGGCUCAAGCUGACCGUGGAGGAGGCCGUGCGCAUGGGCAUCGUGGGGCCUGAAUUCAAAGACAAGCUGCUGUCAGCCGAGCGUGCCGUGACCGGGUACAAGGACCCCUACUCAGGGAAGCUCAUCUCCCUCUUCCAGGCCAUGAAGAAGGGCCUAAUUCUGAAGGACCAUGGCAUCCGUCUACUGGAGGCCCAGAUUGCCACAGGCGGUGUCAUUGACCCUGAGGAGAGCCACCGGCUGCCCGUGGAUGUGGCCUACAAACGCGGUCUCUUUGACGAGGAGAUGAAUGAGAUCCUGAGUGACCCCUCCGAUGACACCAAGGGCUUUUUUGACCCCAACACAGAGGAGAAUCUCACCUACCUGCAACUGAUGGAGCGCUGCAUCACUGACCCCCAGACGGGACUGUGCCUGCUGCCGCUGAAGGAGAAGAAGCGCGAGCGGAAGACAUCCUCCAAGUCAUCGGUGCGCAAGCGCCGCGUGGUGAUAGUGGACCCUGAGACGGGCAAGGAAAUGUCGGUGUACGAGGCUUACCGCAAGGGCCUCAUUGACCACCAGACGUAUCUGGAGCUCUCAGAACAGGAGUGCGAGUGGGAGGAAAUCACCAUUUCCUCCUCAGAUGGUGUGGUCAAGUCCAUGAUCAUUGACCGCCGCUCAGGCCGCCAGUACGACAUUGAUGAGGCCAUCACCAAGAACUUCAUUGACCGCUCGGCACUAGACCAGUACCGUGCUGGCACGCUUUCCAUCACCGAGUUUGCUGACAUGCUUUCAGGCAACGCCGGUGGCUUCCGCUCCCGCUCCUCCUCCGUUGGCUCAUCCUCCUCCUAUCCCAUCAGCCCUGCUGUGUCUAGGACCCAGCUGGCCGCCUGGUCCGACCCCACAGAGGAGACAGGCCCCGUGGCCGGCAUCCUAGACACGGAGACGCUGGAGAAGGUGUCCAUCACAGAGGCCAUGCACCGUAACCUGGUGGAUAACAUCACAGGCCAGCGGCUGCUGGAGGCGCAGGCCUGCACAGGCGGCAUCAUCGACCCUGUCACGGGCGAGCGCUUCCCCGUCACCGACGCCGUCAACAGGGGCCUGGUGGACAGGAUAAUGGUGGAUCGCAUCAACCUGGCCCAGAAGGCUUUCUGUGGCUUCGAAGACCCGCGCACCAAGACCAAGAUGUCUGCCGCUCAGGCCCUGAAGAAGGGCUGGCUGUACUAUGAGGCAGGCCAGCGCUUCCUGGAGGUGCAGUACCUGACCGGCGGCCUGGUCGAACCCGACACACCAGGCCGCGUGCCCCUGGACGAGGCCCUGCAGCGUGGCACUGUGGAUGCCCGCACCGCCCAGAAGCUGCGAGAUGUCAGUGCGUACUCCAAGUAUCUCACCUGCCCCAAGACCAAGCUGAAGAUCUCUUACAGGGACGCAAUGGAACGCAGCAUGGUGGAGGAGGGCACGGGCCUGCGGCUGCUAGAGGCAGCCGCCCAGUCCAGCAAGGGCUACUAUAGCCCCUACAGUAUCAGCGGCUCUGGCUCCACGGCCGGCUCCCGUGCCGGCUCCCGCACGGGCUCCCGUGCCGGCUCCCGCCGUGGCAGUUUUGAUGCCACUGGCUCUGGCUUUUCCAUGACCUUCUCCUCCUCCUCCUACUCCUCCACGGGUUAUGGCCGCCGCUAUACCUCGGGGUCCACGUCCUCCCUGGGAGGCCCUGAGUCUGCAGUGGCCUGAGCCCCUGCCUGCCCCUGUCCUCCACCUCUGCAUGUGGCCAGGCUCCCGCCCAGCACUGGGCUUUCUCUCAUGUUCACAGUGUCUUCCUCCCAAGUGGUGCCUAAGGUUUUACCAAAAAGACUGAUCCAUGAAUAACCGCCGCCUAGACAGCCCCUGUGGGCACGGGGCCGCCCAGGCUCCAGCCCCGUCCCCUCUGCCCGGGGUCUUCCUGCCCCCUUGACCUGCCCCUUACCACAGCCAGGUGCCUUGGGGGGUCCAGAGCUGGCCCCCCAUUAUCUCCCCAGAGAGGGCCCUUGUGGGCAAGGCUCACAGCUGCCCCUCCCACUUCCUGCUGCUCGGUGCUGCGAGCCUCCUUCCCUGGCAGGGCUCCCAGCCGGCUUCUCCCUGGGAAGCCUCCCCAUGCCUGCUGGGGCGAGGCAGGGACUGGGGUGCAGAUCCCAUGGCCCCUGUCUCCUGUGGUCCUGUCCUGCUUUAGAGCUUGAGCACCACCCCCCAGUCCCCGCACCCAGACCUGCAUUCAAGGCCCAGCCUUGGGCUCAGUCUUUAGCCUCAGCUCCCUGAAAGUGCCUUCCAUGUCCUCCCUUGCACCCAGACCCUGAGGCCCCUGGUAGGGGUGAGAGACCCCGAUCCUGAGUUACAGUCCCCACCGGGCUACUCUCAGCCUGAGGGCUGGCCGGCACCAGUUCACUCUCUCCCUGAGGCCCCUCCAGCCUGAGGGACCCGGCUUGGGGAUGCUGCCAGCCUAUUCCCAGGGUACCAGGCAGCCAGGAUGCCCAGCCCUCCAAUUCCACCAGCUCCUGGCCUGGGGCCUGCACCCCACCUCUGCCCCUGAGCUUUUCUGCAUGUUCCCCUGACCCAAGUGGGCGGGGACGGGCCUCAGGCUGCCUCUUCCAGGGCGGACACUAACCCGACCACGGGCGGGCCCACCGCUCGCCCCAAUAAAGCAAUUCCAACGUU